GAAAAACACGCCAACUCACCAAUGACAGCAAAGCAGAUAUUGGAAGUCAUUCAGAAAGAAGGGUUAAAAGAAACAAGUGGAACCUCUCCAUUAGCCUGUCUGAAUGCAAUGCUUCACACUAACACUCGAGUAGGGGAUGGAACAUUCUUCAAAAUCCCUGGAAAGUCAGGCCUCUAUGCUCUCAAAAAAGAGGAGUCAUCAUGUCCAGUGGAUGGCACGUUGGAUUUAGUCUGUGAAUCUGAAUUGGACAGUACAGAAAUGGCUGAGGCAAAUGCAGAUGGAGAGGAAAAUGGAGUUUGUUCAAAGCAGGUAACUGAUGAAGCAUCUUCCACUCGAGAUUCAAGCCUUACUAACACAGCAGUGCAAAGCAAGUUAGUGUCUUCCUUUCAGCAACACACCAAAAAGGCUCUUAAACAGGCUUUGAGGCAGCAGCAGAAAAGAAGAAAUGGAGUCUCAAUGAUGGUAAACAAGACUGUUCCUCGUGUUGUUUUGACACCAUUAAAGGUGUCUGAUGAGCAGUCGGAUUCGCCUUCAGGAUCCGAAUCUAAAAAUGGUGAAGCAGACAGUUCAGAUAAAGAAAUGAAACAUGGGCAAAAAUCUCCCACUGGAAAACAAACAAGUCAGCACUUAAAACGAUUAAAAAAGUCUGGUUUAGGGCACUUGAAAUGGACCAAAGCUGAGGACAUUGACAUAGAAACCCCAGGAUCUAUUCUUGUCAACACUAACUUGAGGGCAUUAAUAAAUAAACAUACGUUUGCUUCCUUACCUCAGCAUUUUCAACAAUACCUCCUGCUUUUGCUUCCUGAAGUGGAUAGGCAGAUGGGAAGUGAUGGAAUUUUACGCCUCAGUACUUCGGCUCUAAAUAAUGAAUUCUUUGCAUAUGCAGCACAAGGGUGGAAACAGCGUCUGGCAGAAGGAGAGUUUACCCCAGAAAUGCAGUUGCGGAUAAGGCAAGAAAUUGAGAAGGAAAAGAAAACAGAACCUUGGAAAGAAAAAUUCUUUGAGAGGUUUUAUGGAGAAAAGUUGGGCAUGUCAAGGGAGGAAUCUAUGAAACUCACUUCUGGACCCAACAGUGAUGCAGCUGAAAGUAGUUCCUCAUGUGCAACCUCUGGCCUUCUGGGUUCUUCUGCACAAACUCCCCUGGAAGAACAACGGCCAAAAAGCAUGAAAAGCCCAGCUUCUCCAGAGCCUGAUUUCUGUGCUACCCUUUGUCCUAUGGUAGAGGUUCCGGCUAAAGAUGUAAUGGCAGAAUCAGAAUCAGAGGAUAUCUUGAUCCCUGAAGAAUCUGUAAUUCAGGAGGAAAUUGCAGAAGAGGUAGAGACUAGUAUCUGUGAAUGCCAGGAUGAAAAUCAUAAGACAAUACCUGAAUUUUCUGAGGAGUCUGAAAGUUCAACAAACUCUCAGGAAGAAGCCCAUAUAGCAACUCCUGAAGAUAACUUGGAAUCCUGUGUUAUGAUGAAUGAUGUUUUAGAAACUUUGCCUCAGAUUGAAGUGAAGAUAGACGAGAAAUCAGAAUCUCCACAGGAAGAAAUGUCAGUUGUUAUUGAUCAGUUAGAAGUAUGUGAUUCUCUUGUUCCUUCCACUUCAUCUGUGGCUCAUGUCAGCGACACAGAACAUAAGGAGCCAGAAACCACAAUAGAGACCAAUACCCCCCAAGUAAAAACAGGGUCACCUUCUCUAGAAGGCCAAUUUCCAAAUGAAGGAAUUGCUGUAGAUAUGGAGCUGCAGAGUGAUCCUGAAGAACUGCUUUCUGAAAAUGCUUGCAUCUCUGAAACUUCCUUCUCUUCUGAGAGCCCAGAGGGAGCCUGUACCAGCCUGCCCUCCCCAGAAGGGGAAACACAUUCCACGUCAGGAGAAUCAUGUACUCCAGCCUCCCUUGAGACAACAUUUUGUUCUGAAGUGUCUAGCACUGAAAAUGCAGACAAAUAUAAUCAGAGAAAUGCCACUGACGAAAACCUUCAUGCGUCUUUGAUGUCAGAAAUAUCUCCAAUAUCCACUUCACCUGAAAUAUCAGAAGCAUCUCUUAUGUCCAGUUUACCAUUACCAUCUGAAGCAUCGCCGGUAUCCAACUUACCUUUAACGUCAGAAACAUCACCAAUGUCUGAUUUGCCUUUGACAUCAGAAACUUCUUCAGUGUCUUCCAUGCUUCUCACCUCUGAGAACACUUUUGUAUCCAGUUUACCACUUCCUUCAGAAACAUCUCCAAUUUCUAAUUCUUCCAUAAAUGAAAGAAUGGUGCACCAACAAAGAAAGUCACCUUCUAUAUCUGAAGAACCAUUCUCCCCACAGAAAGAUGAAUAUUCUGCCCCUGCCAAGCCCUUGGGAGAGAACCUUACCUCCCAGGAGAAGACUCUAUCCAAGACUCCCGAACCCAUCAUAAUGAGUUCUUCUUCCAUGACUCCUGAGGCAUUUCCACCCGAAGAAUUGCACACUAAGACCCCGAGUCAGCAGCCUUGUAAAUCACAUGACACUGAGAAGCCCUACCCUGCUUUGAUUCCAGAGCUUCCUUCUACUGAAAUGAUAAAAGUUAAAAAUCAUAACAUCCUACAAAGAACAGAAAAGAAAGUAGCAUCCUUGCCAUUGGAAUUGUCUGUCUUUUCUGAAGAAACAGAGAGUAAGGGAAAUGAGCUUCCAUCUGCUAAAUUACAGGACAAGCAAUAUAUCUCAUCAGUAGAUAAGGCUUCAUUUUCAGAAGGCUCUAGAACUAAAACACACAAGCAAGGGAGCACACCGAGUCGAUUGGAAACCUCACAUAUUUCCAAGUUGUCAGAGCCCUCCAAAUCACCGGAUGGGAUAAGACAUGAAAGUAGAGAUUCCGAGAUAUCAAAGAGGAAAACUGCAGAGCAGUACAGCUUUGGAAUCUGUAAGGAAAAGAGAGCUAGAAUAGAAGAUGAUCCGUCAAGCCGAAACAUAUCAUCCAGCAGUGCACCUGAGAAAGAACAGCCUCCAAGAGAGGAGCCCAGGGUUCCCCCUCUCAAGAUCCAGCUUUCCAAAAUUGGGCCACCUUUUAUAAUCAAGAGCCAGCCAGUCUCCAAACCAGAGUCUCGAGCGUCCACUAGCACAUCCAUCAGUGGGGGCAGGAACACAGGAGCCAGGACCCUCGCAGAUAUCAAGGCCCGAGCCCAACAAGCUCGGGCCCAGCGAGAGGCUGCUGCAGCUGCUGCUGUAGCCGCUGCAGCAAGUAUCGUUUCUGGAGCCAUGGGAAGCCCAGGAGAGGGUGGAAAGGUGAGAACCCUGGCACACAUCAAAGAGCAGACCAAGGCUAAGCUCUUUGCAAAACAUCAAGCCCGAGCCCACCUCUUCCAGACCUCUAAAGAGACCCGGUUGCCUCCACUCAGCUCAAAGGAAGGACCUCCAAACUUAGAAGUCUCUUCUAUCCCUGAAACAAAAGUGGAAGGUUCACCUGGCGUCAUCAUUGUCAAUCCAAACUGCAGAUCUCCUAGUAACAAGUCUACACACCCCCGGGAGACCACCACUGUAUUACAACCGUCUCUGAAUCCAACUAAACUUCCAGAAACUGCCACUGACUUAUCUGUGCAUAAUUCUGAGGAAAACAUACCUGUGUCACAUUUAUCUGAGAAAAUUGUUUCAUCUACCUCUUCUGAAAAUAGCGGUGUGCCCAUGCUUUUUAAUAAAAAUCCUGUCCCUGUAUCUGUUUGUGGCACUGCUAUGUCGGGAGCAAUUAAAGAACAUCCCUUUGUGAGUUCUGUUGAUAAAUCCUCUGUUCUAAUGUCUGUUGACAGUGCAAACACUACAAUUUCUGCUUGUAAUAUAAGCAUGUUAAAAACCAUCCAGGGAACUGACACUUCAUGCAUAGCCAUUAUACCAAAAUGUAUUGAAAACACUCCCAUUCCGGCCACUACAGAGAGCUCCGGUGUAUCAAGCUCCAUGGAUGAAAAGCAGUUACUAAUACCUAGCAGCAGUGCUAGUAACUUAGUCUCCAGUCCCUACACCUCUGUGCCAACUCCCUCCAUUGGAAGUAACUUGCCAAACCAUCUCUCCACGAGCUCUGUCUUGAUUCCCCCAACGGGAAUUAACAGAUUUCCUUCUGAGAAGAUAGCCAUACCUGGGAGUGAAGAACAGGCCCCCGUAUCCAUGGGUCCCACUGUGAGAGCAGCCCUCAGCUGCAGUGAUUCAGUCACGGUCACAGACUCUCUGGUUACACACCCGCCAGUCGCAAUGUUUACUGGAAACGUGUUGACCAUAAACUCUUAUGAUAGUCCUCCCAAGUUAAGCGCUGAAAGCUUGGACAAAAAUUCAGGGCCUCGAAACAGGGCAGACAAUUCUGGAAAACCUCAGCAACCGCCUGGGGGCUUUGCACCAGCAGCCAUAAACAGAUCAAUUCCAUGUAAAGUCAUCGUGGACCACAGCACCACGCUGACCUCCAGUUUGUCUCUGACUGUCUCCAUCGAAAGUGCAGAAGCCAGCCUGGACCUCCAGGGCCGGGCAGUAAGGACAGAGGCAUCCAUGGAGCCCAUAGCGUGUCCUCAGGUGUCUGUCAUUAGCAGGCCUGAGCCUGUUGCAAAUGAAGGUGUAGAUCAUGGUUCUAGUUUCGUUGCCACUUCUGCAGCAAAACAAGACUGUAAAGCACUGCAGGCCACCUGCACAACUCUCCGAAAAUUACCCCUUGUCAUUCCAGAUAAAUUAAAAGAGGUGACUGCUCCUAGUCAUAGCUUUGCUGAGCAGGCACGUGGCCCAACAACUUUCAAGAGUGAAGCUGACACAACCUGUGGCAAUCAAUAUAACCCAGGUAAUCGGAUUUGCUGGAACGAUGAUGGGAUGAGGAACACAGGGCAGCCUCUGGUUAGUCACUCGGGUUCAAGUAAACAAAAAGAAUAUCUAGAACAGAGCUGUCCGAAGGCUAUCAAAACUGAACACGCCAGCUACUUGAAUGUGUCAGAACUUCACCCCAGGAAUCUCCUAACAAAUGUCACUCUUCCUCUGAAAUCUGAGCUUCCUGAAGUGGACAAGGGCUUUAGAAUGGAUACUGAAGACUUUCCUGGCCCGGAGCUGCCUCCUCCAGCCGCUACGGAGGUGGCCUCUAAUAUCCAGCAAACACAGACUGUGAAAGCUUCCACCUCGAGUCCCAUGGAAGAGGCCAUUUCCUUGGCUACAGACACCCUGAAAAGAGUCCCCAGUGCAGGGAGCUCAAGCUGUCGUCUUUCCUCUGUGGAGGCCAACAAUCCACUGGUGACACAGUUACUACAGGGCAACCUGCCUUUGGAAAAAGUGUUGCCACAGCCCAGACUGGGAGCCAAGCUUGAAAUCAACAGGCUUCCUUUGCCUCUUCAAACUACCUCAGUGGGUAAAACAGCACCAGAGAGGAGCGUGGUUGAAAUGCCAUCCAGCUCUCCAAACCCAGAUGGUAAGGGCUACUUGGCAGGGACUCUCGCGCCACUGCAAGUGAGAAAGCGAGAAAACCACCCCAAAAAGAGAGUAGCCAGGACUGUGGGGGAACACACUCAAGUUAAAUGUGAACCAGGAAAAGUGUUGGUAGAGCCCGAUGGCAAAGGGGUGCCUUGUGUCAUCAGUUCCGGCAUGAAUCAGCUAGGCCAUAGCCAGCCAUUUAAGCAGGAAUGGCUCAACAAGCACCCCAUGCAGAACAGAAUCGUCCACAGUCCUGAGGUCAAACAGCAAAAGCGCCUGCUCCCCUCGUGUAGCUUCCAGCAGAGCCUAUUUCACGUCGACAAGAAUGGCGUUUUCCACCCUGACGCUGGUACCUCACACAGACCGCAGUUUUACCAAAUGCCUAUGGCUGCCCGGGGCCCCAUCCCUACCGCAGCUCUGCUGCAGGCCUCUUCCAAGACCCCAGUGGGAUGUCACGCGUUUGCCUUCAACAGGCACCUUGAGCAGAAAGGACUGGGAGAGGUUAGUCUGUCCUCGGCCCCUCACCAGCUGAGGUUACCCAACAUGUUAUCCCCCAGUAUGCCCAUGAAAGAAGGCGAUGAGGUGGGGGGCGCCGCCCACGCAAUGCCCAACAAAGCCCUAGUGCAUCCGCCGCCCCCGCCGCCGCCCCCACCCCCGCCCCCUCCGCCCUUGGCUUUGCCCCCGCCUCCCCCACCACCACCUCCACUACCUCCACGUCUCCCCAGUGCAGAAGUCCCACCCGAUCAAAAACAACCGUCGGUUACCAUGGAAACCACUAAGCGACUUAGUUGGCCACAGUCCACGGGCAUAUGUAGCAAUAUAAAAUCGGAACCUCUUUCUUUUGAGGAAGGUUUAAGCAGCAGCUGUGAACUGGGCAUGAAACAAGUUUCCUAUGACCAGAAUGAAAUGAAAGAACAGUUAAAAGCGUUUGCGCUAAAAAAUGCAGAUUUCUCUUCCUAUUUGCUUUCUGAGCCACAAAAGCCUUUUACCCAAUUAGCUGCUCAGAAAAUGCAGGUGCAGCAGCAACAACAGCAGCUCUGUGGAAAUUAUCCAACAAUACACUUUGGUAGCACGAGUUUCAAAAGGGCAGCAUCUGCAAUUGAAAAGUCCAUUGGGAUUUUAGGAAGUGGCUCCAAUCCUGCCACGGGCCUGCCUGGUCAGAACGCUCAGAUGCCCGUUCAGAACUUUGCCGACAGCAGCAAUGCGGAUGAAUUGGAACUGAAAUGCUCUUGCCGGCUGAAAGCCAUGAUUGUGUGCAAAGGCUGUGGGGCCUUCUGCCACGACGACUGCAUAGGUCCUUCCAAACUCUGUGUAGCAUGCCUGGUUGUACGAUAAGAGUGGAGUGAGAUGCAGUAUCCCUUUUCCACACAGAAAAGCCAAAUGGCAUCAGCAACAACAAACCGAAUGGCGCCGUGGUUUUAGAUCAUGCUAAUUUUUUUUGCUUUGGAACAGAUUCCCUUUUUGCGAUGGAAUUAUUCUUUUCUUGCAUUUCUCAUAAAGGGGAGGAUUCAUAGUGACCGGAUGGCUCAGCGGCAGGUCUUUUGUCUUUCACAUAUUUAGUUGCCAUUCCAGCUUUGGAAAGUUUCUGUCUGUGUAUACAGGUCACUGCCCCAUACUUUUUUUUUUUUAAGUUUUGACCCAAAUGUGGAUAGGAAAAAACAUUUUUCACUUAAUGAUAACCAGAAAUGCAGAUGUAGAAAGAGAAUGGUAAAGUGAUUGAAGGUGGUUCUGCAUUUUUCCACAGAUUAGCCAUGACAGCUAGGAUUUUUACAGUUGACUUUUCUGGACCUACCUUUACCAUGAUGAUGAAAUCAUAUUUGGAAAGUGGAAUCUGACCACAUGUAAGAUUCCUUGUAUUUACUCAUCUCAUAAAAGAUAUAUUAAAGGAGGUAUGCCAUUAAUGAACUCUACUGUCCUGAUUAUUCUCUUUCCUCCCAUUUUACUCUUUCUCAGAGACUGUGGCAGAAUAUCUAGGUCUGCCUUGGAUUUUGUACACAUAUUGUAGUGAAAUUGCAGCAUGGGCUUCAUUCCUAUUAGUCUUGUUCUAACUCUUUGAUACUUGAAAAUAUGAGAUCAAUUGGCAAACCAAGAGCCAUAGACCCAGAGAUUUUGAAGCUUUAUGUGUGGCUUUUAAGAGCAACUUUGGGGGUGGGAGGGAAUUAAAAAUUUAAAGCAAAAAAAUAAAAUGCUGUAUAUGCAUGUAUAAAUGAGUUACUAUUGUAAAUAUCAGUCCAUUCUAUUCACUCUAAUACAAUUAUUAGUUAUUAAAAUUUGGGGGAAUAUUAUUGUAGCCCUUUUUUUGGCGACACCCAUGCAUUCUGGCUGCUGCCUUGCAGAGGUCAGCCACUUCUUUUUAAAAGUGUCAUUGAUAAAAAGGACUACCCAAGGCUGAAGUGUUGACAUUUUCUGGAAUAUUUUUUUCUCAUGAUUCAUAACCUAUAUAAUUAUAUUUGACUCUGAAAUAACCCUUUAAAAAUUUUUCUAGGGAUGGCGUGUUUUGGUUUAUUUUUCCCCUCAGGUGGAUUUAAUACAUUCUUCAUUAUUUGGGGGGACUACUUUUGAAAAAGGGAUACUGCAUCUUACAAUUAUAUUCAGUGUUUAUCUAGUAAAAUCUGAUUGUUGAAUAUUUGAGCUACAUUCCAUGUACUUUGGUCACCCUCAUGCCAGAGAACAGCUGUAGUUCAGGAGGCUCUGUUCCCAAAAGCAAGUUCAAAAGCACAUACACAUUGUGGGAAGAUGAAAGAAAGCAAAAACCAACCACGCCCAUUUAACUUCAGAUUACAGAGCACAAAAUGUGGAGUGCCGUUAACCCAUUGAUUGAUUGUGGCUGUAGAAUCAAAAAAGAAAACAUGGCGGGGGGGAUCAUUUGUAUCCAGGGUAAGAAAGACAGAUAUUUUCACAUGGGAUCAUCCUAAUUAAACUUUUUGACAUUCCCUUAAAACACAUCUUAAAAGUUGACUGGAAUGAGCAGAAAUUACAGUCCUGAAAAACAAAAAAAACUUGUGAUUUUUUUGUAAUAGCUGUAUAUUAUUUUUUCCUCCAUAUUUAUUGUGAUGUUGCCAAAUUUCUUUAGAUGAUAGAGACAUCAUUUGGAAUAACAAAUUGCUGAUAGUGAAAGGUAAUAAGGAAGAAAAGCAAAGAAAGGCCUGCUGCUGUAGCCAUGAUUCGGUGCUUCCGUACUGUCAUUUCUGUUUUUCACAGCAAAAUUAACAAAACUAAAGACUGAGAAAGUUAGCAAUGUACUUACCAGCCUUUCCCAAGGAAUGCAGCAUUAAGUUCCAGCGGAUUCUUAGUUAAGUCUGCACUGCACACCAGGUUGUGUUGGGAUGAUGUCCUUUUCAGUGGUGUCUGUAUGGUCUCCUUGACUCUGAUAUCGUCGUGAUUCUGAAGAUCCUACUCUUAAUGUCACAGCGGGGCACCCCUAUCAUAUAGACACUUGCAUGCCAACUCCUUCCAAAUUCAGUUGCCACUAUACCAGUGUCAGAUACUGUCUACACCAGCAGAUUGAAAACUAUCACAUCAGUAACUGACAUGGUGUUGAAAGAAUCUCCAGUCUGCAAAAGCUUUGCCCUCUGUCUGUGAGGUACAAUUGAGGCUGAAGGGAUACUCAGCUCAUUAUCAGUUCCCUCAUUGUUGAAUACUGCCUGCAAGUUGCUUACUGGGAAUAAAGAAAAGUGUCCUUCCGUAUGUUUUGAAUUUUCCCAUAAUAGGUUUGGGGAAUCAAUUGUUGACAGUGCAUGGAAUCUCUCACCCAGGUCCAAAGAGCAUAAUUUUUCUGUGCCCUUGCUCUUUUUUGCCUCAGUUCAAAAUUCCUAGUGCUCUCAUAUGGUUUAUAUUACUGAAAAAUUAAUAUCUUUGGACUAAAAAAAGUAAGGGAAAGGAAGAAGAGAAAAUCAGACGUAAAAUGUGGAUCAGGUAUUUCAUAGGUGUCCAUUUAAUAUGUAUACAAAAGCCAGUAUGUUUGAGUCCAGUGAGUAGGUUCUUAGCGUCCUGAUUUCUUCAUAUGUCUGCCUAUGUGCAAAUGAAGUAUGUUAUUUACUACAUGGUUAUUGUGGUGUAAUGUGCAAAUUUUAGUGUGUGCAUUAUCCUGAUUAUUGGACACUAUUUUAUCCCUAUCAGGAAUAGAACUUGCACAUGUAACAUGCAAUUUUUUUUAAAAUCACAAAGGAUAUAUUUCCCUAAGUAGCACUUUUGGAGCAGGGGAAGGAAGAACACUGCUAUUUCCCUAAUCCCCCUCCUCUAUGAUAUGCAUAUGCCUGAGGUGUAUAAAGACAUUUAGGUUAGUUAAUGGGCAUGUUAAUAAAAGCAUCCUGAUGCAGAUUCACUUUCAAAAUGAAAAUAUUUUUUUCUUCCCCAAAGUGAGAUUUGCAGAAACUUUGGUGAACUGAGCACCGUAGUUAUAAAUAUUUCCCUGCAAAGGUCUCGUUUGAAGGAAAAAACUUGAAAACAAACCUGUGAGGUUGAGCUUGGUUGCUAUAAAGACUUUGGGGGUAGUAUGUGUUUCUAGGAUGAGCUCUAGAAGGUUUGGUUGACUUCUGGACCUUGGAUAUUCUUACUCAGUUCAAAAUAAACACCCGAAAACAAGUGCGUGCAUAUGGUGCUUUAUACUGCAGUCAAGAGCAAGAAUACACAUUGCUGCAGCCCAUUUUCCUUUACAAACACUCGCACAAAUUCAAAAGAGGAAGUUCCUGUGGCCUCCGGUUUCCCAGUUCCUCUGUGGCAUGGUGAAGUCCCAGGUUUUAGAAACUGAAGCCAAGCUUAGGGUUGCAUCAUCUUGAUGGUGUUGAGGUCCAGCACAGCAGUAGCUGCCUAGUGGGAAUGACCCCCUCUGAGCAUGCAGAGCCCAGAGUCACUGUCCGUCUGUGUUCCCAGAGAACAAUGUGAAGAGUCCUAGGACAGGAACUCAGCAGACUGUCAGGGGCCUAUGUAGCCAAAUCGUCACUGAAUAGAAAAUUCCCGUCGUCUUCAGUCCUCAUGCUUUGUCACUGUAAAGCGAACAAAAAGCAUUUUUACUAUAAUUUAAAGGAGCUGCUUUUUUAUAGCACAUUACUAUUUCGCUUUGUACUAUAUUUGAUAGUUGCAGAAUAAUUUAGACUGUAGAAAAACUUUGUUGUAUUUGUACUGUUCAUGAAUGUUUCAAAGAAAGUGCUUUACUUGGUUGCCAUAAUUUUCUUGUACUGCUGUAUUUUUCCCCCGCUUCAUGGAAACCUAGUCUGAUUCAUAUUUUCAGUAGUUUUUUGGUUUUUUUAAAUAUGUGUUUGUGUGUAUUUUUUUUUUUUUUUUUGGUCAGUAUUCUGAAUGUUUACAUCUGUUUGACAUUAGCCAUUUAAUGCCUUUUUGUAAAGGCGAAAUUAUUCCUACAGUGUAACAGCAAAAUGUGAAAUCUACCCAAAUAUAACAUGCAUGACAAACACAGAUUGGGGGCGAAGGCCCUGAACAUACACAGACAUUUUAUAUCAGCCUACAGAAAAGUAAAAUCCUCCUUCCGUCCUCUACCAAAGAAUAUAUUAUUCCCACAGGAAAAACUCAGAAAAGGUGUGUAAAUGCCUCAGAAGGGGGAGCAGUUGAUUCAGUAAGACUGCUACAAUUUCAUACUGUUACGCUUGCUUUGAUACCUGACUAAAUGUGACUGAGUGCUACAAGCAUUUAAAAAACUUUUAGACAGUGUUUUGUUUAGAAUUCAGGGAUCAUGCAUUCUUUAAUGGUGCUGUUUGUUUUUUUAUUUCUUUUCUACAAAGAAAACAAGUGUUGCCUAUAAAAGUGACUGCUCACGAUACCAUAAGUUAAAUGAAAUGUUUUUCUCUUCAUGUUUCUCUGUUUUUCCCUUUCUCAAAGUAACAACUUGGGUUUCAAUAUUAAAAUAUUCUGAAGAAAAUAAAGAAAUUAAACAUGAAA